CCUGUAUUCCUGCUGUAAUACAGAAGAUACCAGUAGAGUGACUAUACUCUUCUCACUUUUAUGUCUGUGUCAUGACUUGCAUUUAUAUGUAUUGGGUAAUAUGUCUGUUAUGAGAUGAGACUGUUAUAAAAAUAGUACAGCUGGAAUCUGAACCGCAUGAACCCCUGUAUUAACAUGCAUGCUUGGUCACAUUAGGGUUUUGUUGAGUGAAAAUGGCUGGCUUUAUUUUGGAAUGCUGCUACCCAAGAAGAAUCAAGCACAUCUGAAAAAACGCUUAUUAAAAUGCAUGGUGCAGGGUUGCCACUGGUAAUGGGGUUUUGGCUAAACCGGUGAAUUUAAAAAAAAUCUUGGACUCUAGUCCUGGAAAGUCAGGAUUUUAUUGCUUAUGAUCAUAGGAAGUCAGGCAGUUGUAUGAUGGAAUUGUGUGAUUUUGAAUGUCUGUGUUUCUGUCACCAGGCACAGAUAAGAGCCCUGGGUGUGCUACAUAUGGUUAAGUUAGCAGAAAAACCUGUUUCGUAAAGUUUGUGCAGGUAGGGAGUGAUUGCAAACUCAUCUCCUGAUUCUUAAGAAAUUGCAUCGUUUGACUCAAUAUGAUCAACAUUAUAAAUAUUCUAAGUGCCCCCAUGGGUCAACUCUGUUUACUGCGAUGAAGGCCGAUGAAGUGUGGCUGUAAAAGUGGUUUUAUGAGUAUGUUCCUUCCGGGUGGAAACGCUGCACUUGCAUGUCUUUCCCUGCUCUGGCGCUUGGUGUAAUUGUGUGUUCCGGAAGUGCACGCGCUAAUUUAAGCAGUCGUUAUGGAACAUCACUGAUGUGAAACGCUUGCGUUACGCAAGUGUACCCGAACACUUCUGACUUUUCUGUGAAACAAAGGGGCUUUUCCCUUUUAAAGCUUCGCUCAGAUGGAAAUGAAAGCAUGCUUCACAGAGUCCAUGCAUUUCCUCCUGCUCCUUGCUUUCCAUACCCUGACUGCUGGAUACAGAGUUGAGACCCUUCCUGGUUUUCUCCAGCCCAUCACUGGAGCGUGGCAUCAGAGUGUCACCUUGCCCUGUCACAUCGAGCCCCCGCUGUCUGCUGUGGGGCUUCACGUGCGGUGGGCCAGGGUGGGAUCCGACCAGCCGGUGCACCUGUACAGGUACGGACGUGAUGACACGGCCUUACAGGACGAGGCCUUCCGGGGGAGGACUCGGCUGUUCCAGGAAGAGCUCUGGACCGGCAACGUCUCCCUCAGACUGACGCACCUCCUUCCCUCAGACAGCGGAGUCUAUCGCUGCCUCGUGCAGGGGGACAGGUGGCAGGAUCAAAGCGACAUAACACUGCUAAUCCCAGUGACUGGCUCACAGCCCACAGUGUCUCUGGACAGAACAGGCGUGCCCAGGUUGGUGUGCAGGUCAGAGGGAUGGUUCCCACAACCCGAGGUCACCUGGUGGGACAAGAGGGGCGGGGUCGUGACACCUCGCACUACGCUGAGCCGGGACGACCAGGGGCUCUUCACAGUCAUCAGUGACAUUGAGCUCGGCUGGGAGUCGGAUGUGCUGUCCUGUAUGGUCACUGCGGGGGGUCCACGCGGCGCAUCCAAACUGCACAUUGCAGAGAAUUUCCACCCCGCCAUGUCUAUAUGGAAGAUGCUUUUCAUCCUCAUGGUGAUUGUCAUUUGCAUCUCCAUCCCUGUGCUGUUCAGAGCCUGGAGACAUCUUAAUGAAAAGUAUCAACAUGCCUGUAAUUUAGUUACUCUUCACCUUGAAAAAGAACUGGCUGCCCUAAGACAGCCUAUUAAAUCAGAGUGGAGAUCUAUUCUUAGACAUGCAGCUACUGUGACACUCGAUCCUGGAACGGCAUACAACAGGCUCGUGCUUUCCACUGACGGAAAAGAAGUACGCAUGGUGGAGAAACGGCUGGAGCUCCCGGAGGACGCACCAUCCCUGAGGUUUAAACACUGCCCCUGUGUGUUGGGCAGGGAGAGCUUCUCCUCAGGGAGCCACUACUGGGAGGUGGAAGUAGGCCGAAAGCCGUGUUGGUACGUGGGGGUUUGCAGAACGUCAGUGAACAGGAGUAGGGAGGUGGACACGACUCCCAGCAAUGGCUACUGGACUUUGGAGCUGCGCGGUGAGGAGACCUACAGAGCAGGAGGAGCUUCCUUGCUCCUCAGGGAGAGACCCCGCAGGGUGGGAGUGUACUUGAACUAUGAAGAUGGCCAGGUCUCGUUUUACAACGCACAGACAACUCGUCGCAUUCACACCCUGGCCGACCAUUUCACCGAGGCACUCUACCCGUUUUUCUGCACUGGGGUCACUGGUGGAAACAUCCCACUGAUCAUCUGUCCCAUACAGGCCUGAAGACUGCAGUAUCACUGUAUACAGAAUACCUGGGUCAAAUACAAAUAUGCAUUUGAAAAUGUAUUUAAAGUAUUUAAAUACUAUCUUAAACAUAUUUUUUUAAUGGUAUGUGAAGUAUUUGUACCUCCUCUGGCAUGCUGGAAGGGUUGUAGCAGUGGUUUCCCUAAACUUAGUAACUUAGCAGCUGGGAUUCUUCAUGUGCCUGCUGCUGCAGAGCGCCUGUUCAGUAUUGGGGGCUGUGUGUUCAGGCCUAAUUGGUGUUCUCUUUCAUUUGUUUUAAACCCUGAUGUAUCUAAAAAUGUAACAGCACUCAUUUCCCUUUAGGUGAUGCACACUUGAAAUGUGGUUCAAAGCUGGUUUGUUUAAAAUUAUAAUUAAAAGAUUAAUCUAUAAUAACA